GCUGCCCGUCCGGGCCGAAAUGAAGAUUUCUCGUUGAGAUUUUAGUGCCGGAAUCCGCCUUCUUUUUCCCAAGACGGGUAGGUUAUUAAGUCAUACGGCAGUCCGUACCUUGUUGGCUGCGAGCGGUGAAAGUGAGUGGCUGGAAAAUGAAAAUUUAUCGCCGAAGUAUAGUGAUGGAAGUGCGUACUAUAUAGUGAUUCCUCUGGAGUGGAACUGGUGGAUUGGGGGUGGCUGUGAGUGACUUUGGAAAGAUCACGCCCGUCCACCCACUGCCCUCGCGUUCAAGAUGGGUCCCGAAUUGCAUGGCUCGGCUGCCAUCCUCCACAUGGGGGACAUUGUCUCCCUGUUUGCGGAAGGCAGCGUCUCGGGCUUCAUAAGUACCCUUGGGCUUGUUGACUCACGGUGUGUUGUCAGUCCAGAAGCUGGUAACCUCACGAAUCCUCCCAAGAAGUUCAGGGACUGCCUGUUUUGCAUCUGCCCCAGUUACCGGUAUUCGGCCCAGAACCAGUUCUGGAAGGCGGCCAAGCAGAGCAGCAAUUCUAACACCGACCCCAGCCUCCUCAACCGCCUCCAUCAAGCAGCCGAGACCGAAAAGAAGCAGAAUGAGGCAGAAGGAAAGAAGCUGAUGGGGACGCCCAUACAGUAUGGCUAUAACAUUCAGUUGCUUCACCUGAAGUCGAACAAGUACCUGACCGUCAACAAGCGAUUGCCCGCGCUGCUGGAGAAGAACGCCAUGCGUGUGUAUCUGGAUGCCAACGGCAACGAGGGUUCUUGGUUUUACAUCAACCCGUACUAUAAGCUGCGCCUCCCUGGGGACAAUGUCGUCGUGGGCGACAAGGUCAUCCUCAGUCCUGUCAACGCUGGUCAGCAGCUCCACGUCUCCAGCAUGCACGACUUGCCUGAUCACCCAAAGUGCAAAGAGGUGAACGUUUUAAAUUCCAACACCUGCUGGAAGAUCUCCCUCUUCAUGGAGCAUCGGGAAAACCAGGAGGGAAUCCUGAAAGGGGGAGACGUGAUCCGUUUGUUUCACGCAGAGCAGGAAAAAUUUCUGACGAUGGACGAGUACAAAAAGAAGCAGCACGUAUUUCUCAGGACGACUGGACGUACAACUGCUACGGCUGCCACUUCCAGUAAAGCCCUUUGGGAAGUGGAGGUUGUGCAGCAUGAUCCAACAAGGGGUGGAGCUGGUCACUGGAAUUCAUUAUUUAGGUUUAAGCAUCUUGCAACGGGACAGUACUUGGCAGCAGAAAUUGAUGACGAUCCAACCCCAGACCCUACGAGAGCUAAGUUAAGAGCUAAAAACCCUUAUGGACAGAGUCAAGAGAUUAUAAAGUCAAGAACGCUCCAAUGGGAAAGCAGCAUGCAGGGAGAGACAAGUGAAGGAAAAGGCAUGGAGAGUAGAGUAACCAACACUUCAUCAUACAGAUGGACAUCUGGAACAGAACUCAUUCAUCCAAGUGGCGGGGCGGUGUACCAGCUGGUUUCUGUGCCUCUCAAUUAUGAUAUUGCUUCCAUUUUUGAACUCGAACUAACCACGCUUAUUCGGGGAGAUUCGUUGGUGCCUCAGUCGUCGUACGUCAGACUUCACCACUACUGCACUUCUACUUGGGUCCACUCUACCUCAAUUCCUAUAGAUAAAGAUGAAGAGAAGCCCGUCAUGUCCAAGGUUGGUUGUGCCCCAAUAAAAGAGGACAAGGAGGCCUUUUCUUUGGUCCCAGUUCAUGCGAAGGAAGUCAGGGACUUGGAUUUCGCUCAUGAUGCCGGUGAGGUCCUGUCCAAGCCAGCAAAGAAGUUGGAAAAGGGAGCUCUUCCACAGCCAGAAAGAAGGUCACUGAUGCAGUUGCUGAUAGAUCUCGUCUACUUCAUCGCUGAGAAGGAACACGAACAGAACAAGAGUGAUUCCUCUGCGCUGGCACUGGAAGUGACAAAUCCCAACAGAGAUCGGCAGAAGUUGUUACGAGAACAAAAUAUAUUAAAACAGAUUUUCAAGAUCCUGCAAGCGCCUUUCACUGAAACGCAAGGAGGUGAUGGCCCUCUGCUUCGCACUGACGAACUGAAUGACCCCAGGCAUUCUGCCUACAAGACUAUUUUUCGUCUCUGCUACAGACUGCUUCUGUUGGCUCAGCAAGGAUAUAGAAAAAACCAGGAACACAUUGCUCAACACUUCGGCUUCAUGCAAAAGCAGAUUGGUAUCGACAUAUUGGCUGAAGAAACCAUCACUGCUCUCCUCCACAAUAAUCGGAAACUGCUUGAAAUACACAUUACUGCCACUGAGAUAGAAACAUUUGUUGGUCUUGUACGUAAGAAUAUGAAAAAAUGGGACUGGAGAUUCCUUGAUUAUUUGAAGGUGCUAUGUAUAUCAAAUAAUCAGGCCAUUCCUAGGACGCAAGAACUUAUUUGUAAAAGUGUGUUUAGCGAGAAGAAUAGAGAUAUACUGAUUGAGACCAGGUUUCGUAAAAAGUUUUGGCGAUACUUACUGCCGGUCCAUCAUAAUGCCAUUCCUAAGCUAAAUCGAAUGGUUGAGGAGGACAUUGAAGUCGAGGUGGACAUUGAAGGGUCCGGAUCCAUGUUGGCCAUUGAACAAGGGGAGGAAGUUGUUCUCACCUGGAAUAAUGGAGAGUGUUCCAAGUCAAUUGUAGAGCUGGCCACUCGAGCGCAGAGCUUCCCGACCGACUCGGAGUGUGGGGAGGAUCGUCUCAUUCUGGAGUACUACCAGCACCAGCUCGAUCUAUUUUCCAACAUGUGCCUUGACCGCCAGUAUUUAGCAAUAAAACCACUUUCACCUUUACUCAAAAUCAAUUUGAUGCUCAAGUGUAUGGAAGAAGACACACUGUCCUAUGAUCUCCGAGCUUCCUUCUGCCGGCUGAUGUUACACAUGCACGUUGACUGUGAGCCUCAAGAGGCUGUUACCCCUGUCAAGUAUGCGAGAUUAUGGUCAGAAAUUCAGUCGCACAUGUCUAUUGCUGACUAUGACAAAAGAGAGGUCACACACAGCUGUGAGGCAGCGGAAACAGCUUUCAAGGACGUCAUCAUAUUUGUCGAGGAAUACCUGUGUAACGUUGUAGACAAGAUGUGGAGCUUUUCUGACUCCGAACAGAAUAAGUUAACUUUCGAGGUUGUGAAAUUAGCGAGGUAUUUGAUCUACUUUGGCUUCUACAGUUUUAAUGAUCUUUUGCGCCUUACCAAGACGUUGCUAUCCAUUCUGGACUACUCGUUCGACACAGAUUCCAAAUAUUUCUUGAAUAACUUCACUGCGGGAAAAAUAAGUGACGAUAGUAUUAAGGACGAGGAAGCCAGGCGCGAGAGCAGGAGUGGCUCCACUCAACCACCGCCUAGUAUUACAGUUGAUUCCGAUUCUAAAGACGAUAGUCGUAGAGAUGAGAGCGUUAGUGCCUCAACCUCUCCUAGUGUUGAUUCUGGUAAUGCCCCUGUAUUCAUGUUCCCCGACUCUGAUAGUCAGAGCACCAUAACUACCACGAUGGGUACGCCGGACUCCCGACGUAAAAAGUCAGAUCCCAGUCCUAAAACGUCUCCCAAAAAGUCGCCGAGGAAAAAGUCCACUGAUAAGAGGGAAGGAACCACCAGGAUGGGACCUCGGAUAUCCGGAGGAGCAAGCCCCAAGAAGAAACCCGGGGCCACCGAGAAGGAGGACACACUCGUCAUGGACACCAAGCUGAAAAUUAUUGAAAUUUUGGAGUUUAUUCUGGAUGUUCGGCUUGACUACAGAAUCAGCUGUUUGUUGUCCAUCUUCAAGAAGGAAUCGGAUGAAAAUCCAAGUGCUGUUAAUGGUGACAGCAUUUCUCAGGGUUUGAAGAACAAGAAUCUGGAGAACAUCUGGGCGAGAGCACAGAAUAUCUUUGAUGAUACAGAAGAGAGUUCGAAUCUUGACUUGGAUGGAGAAGGCGGCAAGAAAUUUUUGAGGGUGUUACUGCAUUUGAUUAUGCACGAAUAUCCUCCCCUGGUCUCAAGGUCUCUUCAGCUCCUCUUUCGACAUUUUUCACAGAGAGAGGAAGUCUUGCAGAAUUUCAAACAGGUUCAACUGUUGGUUCAAGAUGGCGAUGUCGAGUCUUACAAGCAGAUCAAGGAGGAUUUAGACGACUUGAGAAAUCUGGUAGAAAAGUCAGAGUUGUGGGUUUAUAAGUCGAGGGCGGUUGAUGAAGAUGGCGGAGGUUCAAAGAAGAAGAAGAAAAAGAAGGACGACGAUGAUGACGAAAGUGAGAGAAAGCCAAAGAAACCUGCUCCCAUGUUGACUGCUCAAGAUAAGCAAGGAUCUGCCAUUGAUCUGGGCCUGGGCCCUCCUCUAGAACCUGAUCAGGCCGAAAAUUACAAGCGCAUACAACAGCAAACUGUGCCUUCAUUCCAGCUCAGUCAGGCUUACGAGAUCCUCGUCAGAAUGAAUAAACUGUGCGUUACGCAGUCUGCUCACGGUCACUUGAACCCUAAGAGGAACGAGCAGCGUCUCCUGCGCAACAUGGGUAUUCACGCUGUGGUAUUGGACUUGCUCCAGAUACCCUAUGACAAAAAGGAAGACAAGAGAAUGAAUGAGUUAAUGGAAUUGGCACACCAGUUUCUCCAGAACUUUUGUUUGGGUGAUCGUCAAAAUCAAGCUCUGUUGUACAAGAACAUUGAAUUGUUCCUUAAUCCAGGGCUGCUGGAGGCAAAGACAGUUUGCGCAGUAUUUAAGGACAACUCUCAGCUCUGUGGCGAAGUUUCUGAACGUGUAAUUCAGCAUUUCAUCCACUGUAUUGAAACACAUGGGCGUCACGUCCAGUACCUGAAAUUCCUUCAGACAAUUGUCAAAGCCGAGGGUCAGUUCAUCCGACGUAGUCAGGACAUGGUGAUGCAGGAGUUGGUGAGUGCUGGGGAGGAUGUUCUUGUUUUCUACAAUGAGAGGUCAUCCUUCAACCUCUUCAUUGACAUGAUGAAAGCAGAUCGCAGCAGAAUGGAUUUCGACGACAGUAGUCCCCUCAGGUACCACAUAGAACUUGUAAAUCUCCUGGCCGAAUUGACCGAAGGGAAGAAUGUGUACACGGAGAUCAAGUGUCACAGUUUAAUCACACUGGAUGACAUUGAUUCCAUUGUGACACAUCCAGAUUGUAUCAUUGAGGUAAAAGAAGCGUACAUCAACUUCCUCAACCACUGCUACAUUGACACAGAGGUCGAAAUGAAGGAAAUCUACAAUUCGCAUCACAUAUGGAGCUUGUUCGAAAAGUCGUUUCUCGUCGACAUGGCUCGCGUUGCGACCGCUCCGCCCGAUCGGAAACAUGCCGACAAGGCCCUUGAAAGCUAUGUCAUCAACUCCCUAAUGAACAUCAUCACCACAUUCUUCAAAAGUCCUUUCUCCGAUCAAAGUCAGACCAUCCAGAAAUACCUGGAAGAGGCACGGGACUUCUGGGGACAGCCUUAUGUUCAGCAGUACAGUUCAGAAACCCGCCAGCCAGUGUUUGUGCAACUCCUUCAUGCUGUGUAUCGAGUCAGCCAGGCCGUGUUGGGUCACCAGAGAGUUAACGUGGAGAAUUGCAUAAAAACCCUGACAGAAGUGGCCCGCAAACACAACAUUUCCAUUCCCAGCGACUUAGAAGCCCAGGUCGUAAGCAUGUCGCAGCGCACAACAAACAUAAUGUCCCGGACUGCAUCCCAGUGGAGCAAGAGAACAACACGUCGAGAUGCUUCGUCGUCCUCUCCAGUCAAUGAGUUUGACUCUAGUUUCGACGAAGAUAAGGGGGAUCAGCUUGCCGGCCGCAUGGACCACCUCGUCAUUGAGCAAGACUUCAAUUCGGUCGUGUCUGUUUUGGAAGCCGAGCUUCGGCCGCUGGUCUCUGCCGAGUUGUCGGUGUUAGUGGAUAUUUUGUACCAGCCUCACAUGCUCUUCAGACCAGAGAGUGAAGCAAGUCUGAAAUGCCAGAAUGGAGGCUUUAUUUCAAGAUUAAUCCGACAUUGUGAGAAGUUGCUAGAAGAGAAAGAUGAGAGACUGUGCAUCCAGGUGCUGCAGACAUUGAAAGACAUGAUCACAGAUUCAGAGUACGGAGAAAAGGGGGAAGCAAGUUUUGGAAAAGAGGAACUGAAAAUGGGGGACGCUUUACGUGAGUUGUUGUUGACGAGGUAUUUCGAUCAGUACCCGUGGUCCAAGAAAGAAGGAAACGAAGGGAAGAUUAAGAUCUCCCAUAAUGCAGCUCCUGGAGACAUAGUCCUUCGACGUUCGGGAAAGUCCCUGGCAGAUGUUCAGUGUGAUUUGGCUUCCAAGGGAGCCGCAGUGUUGGUGGUAGAUCUCGUCAUGAAAAGUCAGAACUGCCAUCGGAUCUUCGUGGAAGCUGUGGCCCUAGGUAUAGCUCUCCUCGAAGGUGGCAACAGAAGUAUUCAAGACAUGCUCUACAAUAAGUUACGGGACAGUGACAAAACUCAGAACUUUUUCAAGGUAUUCUACAACAAGAUGGAAGAGGCGCAGCAGGAAAUUCGAAAUACAGUGACAGUCAAUACUUCCGACAUAAGUGCAAAGAACAGCGAUGAUAAGGACGGGCAGAAAGACUUGGACAAGCUUACUAAUAGAAAAAAGGGUGGCCAUAAACCCAAUGGAUUGGUUAUGAACGAUGAAAUUCGAGAAGAGCUGACGGCAGCUGCUGGUGUCACUUCGCAGGCUUACAGCAACAUCAGAGCUGGCAACGCAGGUGACGUUACGUCUUCGUGCAUUGGCCUUGGAACACUGGAAGAAGUUGUGGAUAAUUAUGGUGGUAGAGGGAACAAGGAAACUGUUUCAGACAAUCCGAAACUAUCCCCGAAAAUUGCAGUUAUGCGACCUGUUCUUCGAUUUCUUCAGCUUUUAUGUGAAAACCAUAAUUUAUACCUUCAAAACUAUUUACGUACCCAGAAAAAUAAGACCAAUCAUAAUCUUGUAAGUGAAACACUGAUGUUCCUGGAUUGCAUUUGUGGCUCCACAACCGGCGGUUUAGGACUUCUGGGUCUGUACAUCAAUGAACACAACGUCUACCUCAUCAACCAGACACUAGAAACGCUAACUGAAUAUUGCCAAGGACCCUGUCAUGAGAACCAGAAUUGCAUUGCAACUCACGAGUCUAAUGGACUCCACAUCAUAACUGCCCUGAUCCUCAGCGACAUCAAUCCCCUUGCAAAAACACGAAUGGAUCUUGUUUUGGAACUGAAGAACAAUGCCUCAAAACUGCUUCUUGCCAUCAUGGAGUCGAGAGCAGACUCGGAGAAUGCGGAGAGAAUCCUGCAGAGUAUCAACAUUAAUCAGCUGCUUGACAUCGUAUCUAAUUUAUACCAUCAAGAAAACAUGGACGAUGAAGAGAUUUUCGACGAUGGAUCAGCCGAUAAUGACGAUGGUGUUUCACCCAAAGAAGUUGGUCACAAUAUCUACCUUCUGUGUCACCAGUUAGCAAAACAUAACAAAGAACUGGAGGAAAUGCUUUGCAAGAGUAACAAUGAGAAGCUCAGCCAGGCACUCUCACAUUAUCGUGACAAUACUGCUCAGAUUGAAAUCGUAAGAAGUGACCGAACAAUGGAACAAAUAGUCUUCCCUAUACAAGAGAUCUGUAAUUACUUAACGCCAGAAACCAAGCAUAGAGUGUAUUACACUGCCGAAUUGGAUGAGCAGGGGUCCAAAGUUACAGAUUUCUUUGAGAAGUGCCAUGACAUGUUUAUAGAAAUGCAGUGGCAGAAGAAAUUGAAAAGUCAGGCUGUGUUAUCAACCAUAAGUAAUUAUAUGUCUCUCUGGGGAAAACUCCUCUUCUUGUUGGCUCUCAUGAUAAAUCUCAUCGUUGCUUUCUACUAUCCGUUUACUAGUCAGUUACCACAUCUCUAUGGACACAUUAAUGGAUUGGUGUGGGUUGUUCUGUUAAUAGCACUUGCCAUUGUUGUGAUGUUUCCCAACAAAACAAUACUCCAGUACCUGCUCGGUACCAUCACUAUAAUGCGCCUCAUAUUCUCGGUUGGGCCGGAACCAACGUUGUGGCUGCUUGGGAGUGGUAAUGUGUUGAUAAAAGGAAUUCACCUAGUCAGCAUAAUGGGGAAUAAAGGAACAUUUGCGAAAAGCCUGGAGCAGCAAGUAACGGACACAGAACUGUUAUAUAACAUAGUAUAUCUUAUAUUCUGUGUCCUGGGUCUCUCAGUACAUCCUUUCUGCUACUGUGUAUUGCUAUUUGAUGUGGUCUACAGAGAAGAAACACUGCUGAAUGUGAUGAGGUCGGUGACUCGUAAUGGCUGGUCCAUUAUUUUAACUGCAGCAUUGGCACUCAUCUUAGUGUACAUGUUCUCCAUAAUAGGGUACAUGUUCUUUAGGAACGAUUUCAUAGUGGAUGUCACCGAUGAAGUUGUAGGAUGGGAGGAGAUCAAGGAAGACAUUGACAGUAAAGUGCGUGAAUAUGUCAAAAACCGUUUAAGUGGCCUUGAGGGGAUCUGUGAGAUUGGAGCAGACUGCUCAGAUGAAGCAACAAGUGCCCACCAAGAAUUCAUUAGCAGUAUUAGUAAGGAUGUAUUGGCUCCCUUGGAGAACAAAGGACAGAUGUUGUUGGAAGUUGAGGACAUGAAAGAGCAAGCCUGUUCGUCCUUAAUCAUGUGUAUUGUCACAACCCUGAACCAUGGCCUUCGCAGUGGUGGUGGCAUAGGCGAUAUUCUUAGGGCUCCGUCAAAUAGCGAAAACCUAUUUGCUGCUCGUGUUAUUUAUGACCUGUUGUUCUUCUUCAUUGUUAUCAUCAUUGUGCUCAAUCUCAUCUUUGGUGUCAUCAUCGAUACUUUUGCCGAUCUCAGGAGUGAAAAGCAGAACUCUGAAGAGAUCUUGAAGAACUCUUGCUUCAUUUGUGGUUUGAAACGUGCCAGUUUCGACAACAAAGCUGUUAGUUUUGAAGACCACAUAAAACGAGAACACAACAUGUGGCAUUAUUUGUACUUCUAUGUCCAUGUUAGUGUCAAAGAUCCAACAGAAUUCACUGGACCUGAAAGCUACGUCUAUACUCUAGUGCAGGAGAAAGAUUUAAAUUGGUUCCCACGAAUGCGAGCCAUGUCUUUAAUAAGCAUUGGAGAGGCGGAGGGAGAAGUUAAUGAGGUUAGAUGUCUCAAUGCCAAACUUGAUCGAACUCAGGCGCUUGUAGAUAAUCUUGUCGGCCAGUUAACGGAAUUAAAGGAUGAGAUGGCAAAACAGCAGAAGUACAGAAGUCGCCGCGGGAUGUUAGGAAGCACCAGCAACUAUAACCCGCAGCAAGCGCAAUUUAUGCCACCAGGGACAGUGGAGCCAGUCCAACAAUACCAGUGAAACACAUUGCUGUUUCCCUUUCCCAGACGCCAAAGAAUUGUCGUGAAACAAAGCAACGUUUGGUGGUCAUCAAGAUUUUCCAAGAAGAUUUUGCUCAUUUUAGGGUCAUUCAAUAAUUGUUGUUUUGUGAAUUUGUUUCAAUUGCUGUUAAUUUAAAAAACUAAAAUAAUAAUCAUAUUGGAAAUUAAUGAUAUUACUGUUGUUGUGUCCUGCACAAAUAUUGAAAGUAUGUAUUUCAUGUUGAAAUUGUUGAUGUUGUCAGAUCUGCAUUUUACGGAAGAGGGGUUUAAGCAAAUUAUUAUUGAUGCCGAGGUUCUCAAAUCUGAAGUAUUAUUAUAGUGUAUACAUGUGAUGUUAUAAAGAUUUUUAUUGUGUUUAUUGUUGUAUAAUUUGUUUAAUAAGUUGAAUAUUAUUGUUAAAAUGUGUAUAGUUUAUAGCAUCUCAUUUUCCGUUUAACCCAAUUCUUCACGAUGGAGUCGACUUAUUUAAACAAUAUUCUGCAUUGUGUCAAGUGUAAUAUGGAUGUCCAUGAGUUGUUAGUUAUAUUUUUUAAAUAUCUAGUCUUCAUUUCAUUCCACAUACUUUACAAUUAUUCAUCUGCUGUUCAUAGAAGAUGUUGAUAUUUUUAUGUAAAAUACUCCUCCUUUUUAUGUAACAUACUGCUGCUUCCAGACAUGCUCGACUAUAUCCAGCAUACUAUAUCAGAAGUGAUAUAUUUGGUACCUAUCAUUCAAGUGAAAAAACACAUUCUGGUAACAUCAUGUAGGACUUUUCUUGUGGCACUUCAGUGUUUCAUUACAUAUAUGCAAAUGAGGAAAUUCACCCACAAGCAUGCUUGAGUACUAUCUUAAUUACUAUUAUGAUUUUGUACGUUCCCAAAGCUCUGUUCAAUGUCAUUUUUAAAAUACAGUUUUGUCACAUUUUAAUGUCCAUAAAUGUUUGUAGUUACAUUAGGAUAGUUAUAAAAACCAACCAGAAUAGUUUGAACAUGACUAAAAAUAGCACACAUUUCUCAUUUGUUUGAUGUGGUUGUAAAGGAUUACUGAAAUAUUAAAAUUUUUUAAUCUUUAAACUGGACCUGAUAAAUGUUUGUGUAGAAUUGAUGGUUUAACAAAACUUUUCUUUUGAUGUGCCAGAAUGCCACUAGAAUUAAGAAAUGUUAAACAUACAUGUGUGAUGUGGACAUUGGAAUUUGUCACACAUACUCUGCUGUUUUUUUCUUUUAGCAGUCUAACUGUAUUAUGUAUAAAGCUCUGUUUUUACAGAUAUUGUAGUAACUCAUAGUUCCCUUUCAUUUCAGUGUUUUCUUUGUUAUAAAAAGUAUGUCUCCUGUGUUCAUAGAUUACUGCAUAGUUUAUAAGUAAAAGUUAAGAGUUUUUUGAAAUGAUAAACACAAAAAAAGGAGCUUAGAUUAAGCAAUUCUGUCCAUGUGUAAAUCCCUACAAUAGAAAAGCUACAUUAACAAACAAUUUCCACAGCCUGUGGUUUGUUGAGUACUUAAAUUGCAACCAACAUUCACUGCCAAUUCCGAAAUUCUUCCUUCCGUUGCAGUGAGGGGGGCUGGCAUACAUAACUGGGAGGGGGUGUUUGCAGAACGUGAAAAAUGUCAGCAGAGUAUUUAUUACCUGUGUAAACAAAAAAUACUAUUUACAAACAUGGCUUUGCUGAGGAUUAUCAAAAUUUCUGUAGAUCUGACCAACAGUUUUGAGGGAAAUUUUGACCCAUCAGUGAAUGUCGGUUGUCAAAUCUAACAGUAAUUAACUUCAGUAUUACAUUUUUCAAGCUGUCUCAUUGUGACAAAUAAGUAAUCUUAAUGUACUGUGAAUAUAUUUUUAGAAACUGAAAUUGCUAUAGAGGGAUAUUUUCUUAAAUUCUGUAUUUUCUUGUCUAUUGAGACUGUGUUCUUUUAGAAAUUUGUAUAAAAUGGGGCACGAUGACAAUACCAUUUUUAAUUUUAGAGCUAGAAUGAAUUACACUGGUUGACAGAUUUUCUUUUUAAAAAAGAGUAUGGACACUAACUUCAAAUAGAACCUGAUAGUUACAUGACAGUCAUCCUUUGUCUUCUGAGAGAGCAGUACUGAAGUAUAUGGAUUUCAUUAUAUGUUACAGUAUAUUACAGAAGUAACUACCCUAUAUGUAUUUAUAUCAGUAUUAGUUACACAUGAAAAAUCUUCCAUUCAAGUAAUUUAAGAAAACCUUUGUAACGAGUCUUGACAAUUUUGUUUUCCACAUAAUCAGUUUACUUCUGUUUGACUAAACUUAACUUAACCCAAAGUCAAUUUUACCCCUAUGUAACAACCUAAAAACUGCUUAGAUUAUUACUACAGGCUCUCGGUUUAGGUUUUUUGGACACCAGUUUAAUUGCGUCAUUAACUGUAGCUACUCUACAUCAGUGUACUGAUUUCAGUUUAGAAGCCCUUAGGUAUUCAGAUGACCUUAAGCAAUAACAUAACUUCUGAUAGCUGUUUGCUACAUAUGUAUGCUGACAAUAAAGCUGUAAUCCAGUGGAAA